CGCGGCUUCGGCGGCGCGUCCGACCUGAGCGGCGGCAUGGCCUCCCUCAGCGUGGGUGGUGGCGGCGGCGACGGCUGGGACGCGCCCAGCAAGGCCGGCAACGGCUGGGGCGCGCCCAGCAAGGCUGACAACGGCUGGGAGGCUCCGAAAGCCGACGAUGGCUGGGGCUCAUCGAAUGGCUCCGCGUUCGGAGGGCAGGCCCCGCGCGGCGGCGGCUUCCGAGGCGGCCGCGGUCGUGGUGGGGGCGCCGGCGCCGGCAGGGGCUGCUUUAAGUGCGGUGAAGAGGGGCAUAUGUCCCGUGAGUGCCCUAGCGGAGGUGGUGGCGGCGGCGGCGGCGGCCGCGGCCGGGCUUGUUACAAGUGUGGUGAAGAGGGACACAUGUCCCGGGAAUGUCCCAGUGGCGGCGGCGGCGGCGGCUUCGGCGGUGGCGGCGGCAGCCGGGCUUGUUAUAAGUGUGGUGAAGAGGGACACAUGUCCCGGGAAUGUCCCAGUGGCGGCGGCGGCGGAUUCGGCGGCGGCGGCCGGACGUGUUACAAGUGCGGCGAAGAGGGACAUUUGUCCCGGGAAUGUCCCAGUGGAGGUGGCGGAGGCGGCUUCGGAGGCGGCGGCGGUGGCAGCCGGGCGUGUUACAAGUGCGGUGAAGAGGGACACAUGUCCCGGGAGUGCCCCAGCGGAGGUGGUGAGGGCGGCGGCGGCGGUGGGAGCCGCGCCUGCUUCAACUGUGGCCAGGAGGGCCACCAGUCCCGGGAGUGUCCAAACCCGGCCAAAACCCGGACAACCACCGGCGAGGAUGGUAAGCCGCGCGAGAUUUACGUGCCGACCGAGUCGGGCGAGGACUCCCUCUACUCGGGCGGCAUCUCGUCCGGCAUCAACUUCUCCAAAUACCAGCACAUUCCGUGCCGCGUCACCGGCAACGACAUCUGCGAGCCGAUCUCGUCGUUCGAGGAGUCGGGACUGCGGCCGAUCCUGCUGGACAACGUGCGCCGCUCGGGAUACGCCACGCCCACGCCCGUCCAGCGCUACGCCAUCCCGAUCGUGAUGCGCAGCCGGGACCUGAUGGCGUGCGCCCAGACCGGCUCCGGCAAGACGGCGGCGUUCCUGCUGCCCGUCAUCCACACGCUGCUGGAGCAGAACGUGCCGGCCGCCUCGUACUCGCCGUGCCAGGAGCCCUCCUGUGUGGUGGUGUCGCCCACGCGCGAGCUGGCAAUGCAGAUCUACAACGAGGCGCGCAAGUUCUCCAACACGUCCGUCAUCAGGGCCGUGGUGGCGUACGGUGGCACGUCGGUCCAGCACCAGUCCAACAUGCUGCAGAAAGGCUGCCACAUCCUGGUGGCGACGCCCGGCCGGCUGCUCGACUUCGUGGAGAAGGGCAAGGUGGCGUUCACACAGUGCAAGUUCUUCGUCCUGGACGAGGCCGACAGGAUGCUGGACAUGGGCUUCCAGGGCGACAUCGAUCGUAUGAUCAACCACCCGACGAUGCCGGCCAAGGGGGCGCGGCACACGCUCAUGUUCUCGGCCACCUUCCCGGACGCCAUCCAGCGGCUGGCGGCCAACUACCUGAACGACUACCUGUUCCUGAUGGUGGGCGUGGUGGGCGCCGCGUCCACGGACGUGACGCAGACCUUCCUCGAGGUGUCGCACCGCGAGAAGCGCGACAAGCUGGAGAGCAUUCUGCGGGACAUCGGCAACGCCAAGACGCUGGUGUUCGUGGAGGCGAAGCGGGUGGCCGACUUCAUCGCGUCGCACCUGUGUCAGGCCGGCUUCCCGACCACCAGCAUCCACGGCGACCGGCUGCAGCGCGAGCGCGAGGAGGCGCUGGCCGACUUCAAGUACGGCAAGACACCGACGCUGAUCGCCACGUCGGUGGCCUCGCGCGGCCUCGACAUCAAAGGCGUGGCCAGCGUGAUCAACUACGACCUGCCGAAGGCCAUCGACGACUACGUGCACCGGAUCGGCCGCACGGGCCGCGUGGGCAACACCGGCAGCGCCAUCAGCUUCUACGACAGUGAGCGCGACAGCGCGCUGGCCGCCGACCUGGUGAAGAUUCUGGCCGGCGCCGAGCAGGAGGUGCCCGACUUCCUGCAGCGCGACGCCGGCAACGCCGACUUCGGCGGCGCUGCCGGCGGCUCGUACGCGUCACGCGACAUCCGGCGCGGGUCUGGUGCAGUGGUGUGA